AUAGUAAUUUUGCUCUAAAUGUGGUUUUCUUCUAGAAGGAGAUGCACUGUGCUGCUCUCUUUUUUUAUUCAAAUUGUUCAAUUUGCUGCUGUUGCACUGUAAAUUUCCCCAAUGCUAUCUAUCUAAAACUGUGCAGCGACCAAAGCGGAAGGAUACAACAUCCGACUACAACAGCUCUCCUCUGAUUGGACGAUCACACUCUACGCUGACUCUGACCAAUCAGAGGGCAGCCUGUUACUCUUUAUAAGCUGCUGUCUGUUCCGCUUGUUUUAUUUUAGUUCCUGCUGUCAGUCAGAAACUGUGAUACAGAAUCAUGUCUGGACGUGGAAAAGGUGCCGGCAAAGCCAGAGCCAAGGCAAAGAGCCGCUCCUCCCGGGCAGGACUUCAGUUCCCGGUCGGUCGUGUCCACAGGCUGCUGAGGAAGGGAAAUUAUGCGCAGCGUGUGGGUGCCGGCGCUCCCGUCUACCUGGCGGCUGUGCUGGAGUACCUGACUGCUGAGAUCCUGGAGCUGGCUGGAAACGCCGCCAGAGACAACAAGAAGACCCGCAUCAUCCCCCGUCACCUGCAGCUGGCUGUCCGCAACGACGAGGAGCUCAACAAGCUGCUGGGCGGAGUGACGAUCGCUCAGGGCGGCGUGCUGCCCAACAUCCAGGCUGUGCUGCUGCCCAAGAAGACCGAGAAGCCCGCCAAGUCCAAGUAAAGCAGGAAAUCCGCUGAUCAACACAAAGGCUCUUUUCAGAGCCAAACACUGUCAUCUGAUAAACAGCAAACAUCCUUCAUCUCAUAUUAUACACAGUUAUUGCAACGAUCAAAUUAAUAUGCAGACUACACUGUCUGCUACCGUUUAAAACAUGAAUAGUGGUAACACAUCAGCACACAAAACAAUAAGACAUAAUGAAAUUAAACUAAAGCAGAUCAGUUGGACAUUCAUUCCAAUACAUGUUUACAUUUCACUCAGUUCUGUUUCUUAGUUCUUAGUUGUUGCUCAGCUCUAAUUUUGCUUCCUUUGUUCUUUUUUUUGCGUUGUGUGUUUAUUUAAUGUCUACUGUUGCACGAAGAGGAGUAACGAAAUUUCGAUUCUUGGUAUGUCAUGUACAUAUUGAAGAAUUGACAAUAAAGCUGACUUUGACUUUGA